AGAGAGAGAGAGAGAGAGAGAGAGAGAGAGAGAAAUAAGUGAAAACAUGAAACAAGAGACGAAAAAAAAGGUUAAGAAAAAAAGAAUAAAUAAAAAGAAUAAGGAGACAGUGAACAUUGAAUAAAAAAAAGUGAACAAGAAAAAAGCAAAAAAAAAAAAAAAAAAAAAAAAAGAAAACAGAUAAUAAAAAAAGAAUGAAGAGGUGAAGGAAAAUAAGGAAUCAAAGAAAGGAAGGACAAGAAAGAUAGAGAAGCAAGAUAAACAAAGAGAAAAACAAGCAUAAGAUAACAAGAGGAAGAAGAACUAGGAAGAGGAAGAAGAAGAAGAAGAAGAAGAAGAGGGAAAGAAGAAAAUGAUGUUUGAAAGAGGAAAAAAAUGGGCUGGGAAUUUUAUUAGUGUGAUGAUGAUAAUGAUGCUGUAUGGAGGAGGAGGAGGAGGAGGAGGAGGAGGAGGAGGAGGAGGAGGAGGAGGAGGAGGAGGAGGAGGAGGAGGAGGAGGAGGAGUGCAAGGUCUUCAGUUCUAUCCUGAAUAUUCCAUAGUGAUUUCCGGCCCUUCGUCCUCUUUGUUCGGAUACAGUGUGGCAUUCUGGAACCAAGCAAAUGUACUGAAGGUGGUAGUGGGGGCACCAAGAAGCAAGGAGUCCAAUCUAUCAGGAGGCAACACAGUGCUAGGCGCGAUACAUGUUUGUGACGUGACGGAACUGAACGAUUGCCCCGUCGUGGCCUCGCUGCCCAAGAGCGUAAAGCCAGACUGCGCCGAAUGCACCAAUGAGAAGCUGCAGUUUGAGGGGCCCGAGGUGUUUCAAAAUGACACAGUUGGAUUAGGAGAAAGUCUGGCUUCCAAUCCUAAGGGUGAUAUUUUGGCGGCCUGCGCCCCCCGAUACCCAGUCUUGGACCUCUCCAGCUAUGAACUACAUCCAAGGGGCGCCUGUUACCUGAUGGAGGAUACUUCCGUCAAGAGCGCCUUCCCGUUUACAGAGCAGAGUCUCCACGUGGGUAAUAAGCUGGAAGGCGGGAUAAACGUCAAGCUGGUAGCAAACAAUAACCAUGACUUCACUGCGUAUGCCUCGUUUGGAUUCAGCGUAGUUUUCAAUAAGAUCGGCACGAAAAGGGUGUUCAUGGGCGCCCCCCACGCCUUCAGGAGAGAAGGUGCGACCGUGUAUUAUGGGAGAGAGGUCAAUACAUUCAGGAGCACAAAGGACAAGAUGAAGAAUGAAACAGAUUAUGAGGACAACUUGGAAGGCUGGGCUACCUGUGUGGGGCGUUUUGGUAAGGAUAACAAACAUAGAGAAGAAUCCGUAGCAGUGACAAGACCAGGGCACGACGACCUUGUUGGGGAGAUAAUCUUCUACGACAAGAGCCUGAAGGCUGGAUAUAGGGCGCCCACACCCCUGGAAGGCCGGCAGAUGGGGGGCUGGUUUGGAUACGCUAUAGCCACAUGCAACGUUGAUAAGGACAACUAUGAUGAUCUAGUGGUGGGCGCCCCUCUGACCCACCGCGACACAGAGGAAUACCCCGACGAAGGAGCUGUCUAUAUAUACUACGCUCCCCUACACGAGAAUCCCCCAAGGAGGUCUCCACUGAUCCUGUACGGGGGACUAUCUUGGGGUCGUUUUGGCACCUCUGUCGCCUGUGUGAACGACCUUAACGGCGAUAAGUAUUUAGACGUGGCAAUCGGGGCGCCGGGGGCAACUGGAAGAGUGUACAUUUACAAAGGAGGGGAAGGUGGACUGGAUCCGCACCCCAUGCAGAUCCUUCAUGCGUCACAGUUCCUCCCCUCCGUCACCGCCUCCUUCGGGUUCGGCUUCAGUGUCACAGGAGGGAAGGACAUAGAUGGCAACAACUUCCCUGAUAUCUUAAUUGGAGCGCCCUUCUCUGAUGCUGCCGUCCUAGUGAGAACCUCGCCACUUAUCUCUCUGGCAGCAAAGGUGUGGUUUGACCCGCCACAGGUAGACAUCAAUGACCUCAAGUGUAAAGUGAGAGAGCAUAGCACGCUUCUAAUCUGCUCUACCCUUUAUGUUGAUAUGCAAUACAAGACCAACACAGAAAGGAUCCCUGAGGUGCUUGAAAUUGACCUCCAGCUGACCCUUGACCCUGAAGAGAAGCGCCUAUCCUUUUUCAACGAACUGACGGGAAAGUGGAACCAAAUCAUUAAUGUAGCUCAUAACAUUACGAAGAACAAGGGCGAAAAUGUUUUGAGCGUUAAAAUCUAUGGGAAGCCAGCCUCCUUCUACUACGAGAUACCUGUCAACGCAUCAGUAACCGGAAACCUUGUUGUUCCUUCACCUCCUCCUCCUUCAUCUCCCCAUUCUCUUCCUCCUCAUCCUCCUCCUGCCCUCAGUUCCUCCCACCCUGCAAUCUUCAACUCUUCUCUAACUCUCCUAUGCGAAAGGUGUCACUACCGGACGGACUUGAAUCUUGAGACUGUAGCACCAGCCUACCUGGUAAUGGGCGAGGAGAAGGUGAACCUGUCAGCUCUAAUUACCUGCCUGAAUGACACGGCUGAGGACACUACGCUACAGGUGACCUUCCCACGUGACCUGCGUUUCGAGAUGUCAAGGAGCAGUAAGUAUUCUCCUCUCUGCUUGCCGAAGGAAGAGGAAGAAGAAGAGGAAGAGGAAGAGGAGGAGGGUGUGUCCACUCUCACAUGCACCUUCAGUAACUUUCUUCAACCUGGAGAGGAGGUUAAACUUGACUUAAUGUUCAGUCAAGCCGUCACUGGUCAGCCCCUCCUGCUCCAGUCACCAGAAGGGGACACCGCCCCCUCCACUUUAACCUCUCGGUGUCCAGCUCGACCGAGGACAUGAACGUGACAGACAACUCAAACAGUGUCCUCGUGCCAAGACUGUCCCAGAUCAAGCUGACGUCGUUGGGAUACUCAGACCCAGAGACGGUGGAGAUACUGCCAGAGAGAUACCUCAAGACACUGCUGAAGGUGGAUGAGCAGGUGGAGCAGGAGGUGAAGGAGUGGAUGGCCAACACAUCAGUUUUCUACCUUGGUCCACCUGUUACUCACCAGUUUGUUGUACAGAAUAAUGGGCCUUCACCCCUCCAAGGCUUCCAGGUGGAAGCGUGGAUGCCUCUUAAUCACAAUGGUGAAAGAGUUCUGUACCUGGCGGAGGAACCAUCAACAUCAGGCCCUCUUACUUGUCAAUAUGAUGAGAAUAUUGUGAACCCUAAUGGCUUUGCAACGGUGUUUCCCAUGAGCGCUACAAGCAAGAGGAAGGACAACAUUUCUCAGAGUGAGGAAGAGGAAGAGAUGAAGAGGAAGACGAGGAAGAAGAGAGAAAGUCCUCGUGAAUCGUCCAAGGAAGAGGAAGAAGAGGAAGAAGAGGAAGAAGAGGAAGACGAGGAAGAUGAUGAGAAGACUGACACCUCCUCCACCUUUUCCUCUUCCUCCUCCUCCUCCUUCUCCUCCUCCACUUCUUCCUUCUCCUCUUCUCCUGCUCCUCCUCUUCAUCCACCCUCCGUCUCUCGCAACAAUCUUCCUCCUGUUUCUCUGGUAUUCUCCUCCUCCUCCUCCUCCUCCUCUACUCCUCUUCCUUCUUCAGUCUCUCUCUCAUCUCCUUCUCCUCCUCCUCCUUCUCUAAAUAAUAGUUAUAACAAAAGAGGAAUUAAAAGCAUUGUCAUCAACGCUUCGGAGAUUCCAUCUGAAAUUAUAAGGUGUAAAGGUGGGACGCUCAGGAAUGGCGAGUCAGCGGUAGUCACAGUGAAAUCAUACAUAGUGGCUCAGACGAUGAAGAAACUGGCGAACAUUACAAGCGCAGGAUUGGAAACUCAGAAGGGCGCCACAGUCUCGCUCCACCCAAAAUUUACCUUCAACUCCACACAAAAAUGCAUUAUCAUCAACAACAAGGAGAAAGGCACACAUGACCACACCUGCCUGAGCUUUUCCCGUACGCCCACACUCCCUGACACCGACCCACACCCACGCAACGCCUCCAUCCCGCCCACGGACGCCCCUGGGACCAAUGACACAGUGGAGGACGAGGAGGAAGAAGAAGAUAUGAAUGUUUUCUUUGAAGUUUCAGUAGGAACCUAUGUAGCAAUUCACGAUGAGUACAAGUGGAACAUCUCGUUUGAGUUCCUGUCCCUGUGGCAGCUGCUGGCGGUGCUGUUCGGGUCCCUCAUGCUGCUGGUGGUGAUUGUGGCUAUAAUGAGCAAGGUGGGCUUCUUCAAGAGAGACAAAAUAACAAGAGAACAAAGGAAGGUGAUGAGAGAAAGCAUAAGAAAAAGGAGAAGUGAAAGAACAAGUGAAAGAAGGGAGAGAAGAAACGAGAAUAAUGAAAACAGAAGUGAACAAGGGAGAGAUGAAAACAAUGACAGCAGUAAUAUUGGCAAUGUUUUCGUCGUAGGAUAAUGAUGAUGAUGAUGAUGAUGAUGAUGAUGAUGAUGAUGAUGAUGAUGAUGAUGAUGAUAUUUUAGAUUGUUAUAAGUUUUUUUUUUCAAGUUUUUGUGUGUUUUUCAAUAAUACAGUAAUAAGAAUGUUUGGUUAAGUUAAUACAUACAUAUUUUUUAAGUGUGUGCUCAAAUAGUGAAUAAACUGUUAUACUUAAA